GCGUCCCUGACAAAGACUGCCGACUGAUCUAAAACAUCUCGGUUUGUUUUGUUACAUUUUUUUUUUCUUUUCUUUUCUUAUUUCCUAUAAUUUAUUAUGAUUCUAUAUUUUUGUUAGUGCUGCUUGAUUGCUUUUGCUGUGAUUUUCUAGCAUUAAAUCUCUCUCACCUUAAUUUAAACACCCCGUACUGUCCCCCCAACACGUCUGGUUCCAUAGAAUCCGAAUCCCCCGCCAUGGCUCCCGAUAGAGGCUCCGAUAAUGCCAACCUCCGAGGCCGGUCCAGAUCGGCACGGCCAACAUCGCCGCUCAUGUCGGACCCUGUUUCUGCUGCCGGUAGUCAUCACCAACACACCGCCACCAACAAUGACCUAGAGGUCGACGGCCACAGCUUCACCAUCCGCGGUGUGGUCGUCGGCAUCCUCAUCGGCGUCGUGCUCUGCUUCUCCAACAUGUACUUUGGUCUGCAGACGGGCUGGAUCUCCGUCAUGACCAUGCCAGCCUCGCUGCUCGGCUAUGGCUUCUUCCGCACCCUCUCCCGCCACCUCAAGUACCCCUUCACCCCCGUCGAGAACGUCCUCGUGCAGACCGUCGCGGCCAGCGUCGGCAUCGUGCCCCUCGGUGCUGGCUUCGUCGGAGUGAUUCCUGCCAUGAAUUAUUUGUUGACCGAGGAUGAGAUGGGGCCCGUGAGGUUGGGGGUUUGGGAUAGUAUCGUGUGGAGUUUGGGUUUGUGUUAUUUUGGUUGUGUUUUUGCCAUGUUGCUUCGUCGUCAAGUCAUCAUCCGGGAGAGGCUGCGGUUCCCCAGCGGCUUCAGCACCGCCGUCCUGAUCGGUGUCCUGCACGGACGGACUACCAAGGCCGAGACCAGCGGGGACGGCACCACCGCCACCGAGGGCGGAUUCGCCAGCCUCGCAGGCCAACCCAAGCUGCCGCCCAUCGGCAGCGACGCACCCGCGGACACGGCACGAGACGCGCAGCCGGCCUCGUCGCACGAGUGGAAGGCCAACGUCCGCCUCCUCCUCAUCUGCUUCUGCAUCUCGGGCGUCGCGACCGUGUCGACCUACUUCGUCCCCGUCCUGCGCAACCUGCCCGUCUUCGGCCCGGCCGCCGCCGCCUGGCUGUGGACGCUGAACCCGAGCCUGGCCUACGUCGGCCAGGGAAUCAUCAUGGGCCCCGCCACCACCCUGCACAUGCUGCUGGGUGCCGUCGUCGGCUGGGGUGUGCUCUCGCCCCUGGCAAAGGCCAAGGGCUGGGCGCCCGGCAGGGUGGACGACUGGGAGACGGGGAGCAAGGGUUGGAUCGUCUGGACUUCUCUGACUAUCAUGUUGGCUGAUGCCGUUGUUAGUCUGGGCUUCGUGGUUGUCACGGCGGUUUGGCCGUAUCUCAGGGACCUGAGCUGGCGAGACCCCGUCGGGAGUGGGUUGGCGUUAUUGCGCGGCCAGGACAGCCGCGGUGGCUACAUGACUGUAGGUUCGUCGGAGAGGCAUGACGGACCACAGGGCGAUGGCGACGACGGACACGACGGAAACCGCGGAUAUCGUGCGGCCAGGGAUAGCCCCGAGGCGGACAGAGAUGCACCAGAGGACCAGGUGGUGCGGACGCGGACCGUGUGGAUGGGCCUGCCCUUGUCGAUGCUGCUCUGCGUCGCCAGCAUCCGGUACGUGUUUGGCAGCGACCUGGUGCCGCUGUACGCCAUAGUCGUGGCCGUCAUCGUCGCCAUGCCCCUGUCCGUCAUCGCCGUCCGCGCCAUGGGAGUCACGGACCUGAACCCCGUCUCGGGGAUCAGCAAGCUGGCUCAGCUGUUCUUUGCGCUGGUGGUGCCGCGGUCCAACAAGGCUGGUAUUUUGAUCAAUUUGGUAGCUGGAGCUGUGUCCGAGUCCGGCGCCCUCCAAGCCGGCGACCUGAUGCAGGACCUCAAGACGGGACACCUGCUGGGCGCGGCGCCCAAGGCCCAGUUCUACGGGCAGGUGAUUGGGGCGACGGUCGGAGCCGUCGUCAGCGCUCUCGUCUACAAGCUGUACACAAGCGUAUAUACCACAAUCCCCAAUGACCUCUUCCAAGCCCCCACGGCGCUGGUCUGGAUCUUCACGGCCCGCCUCGUAGCCUCGGGUAAAGGCCUGCCCCCCAUGGCGGCCGAGUGGGCGGGUGGCGCCGCGGUGCUGUUUGCCGUGCUCACGGCGGUCAAGAUGGUGGGGCCGCGUGACGCAAAGUGGCAGGCUUAUAUUCCUGGUGGUUUGGCUGUUGCUGUCGGCAUGUACAACGUCCCGUCUUUUACGCUGGCGAGGACUAUCGGUGGUUUGCUGAGUUGGUGGUGGAGGAGCGUCAUGGGUAGGGAGGAUACACCGUUGAUUAUAACGGCUUCGGGCUUCAUCCUCGGUGAGGGCUUUCUCAGUAUCGCCAACCUUUUGAUGGAGAGUUUUGGGGUGCCACAUCUUUGAUGUUAGAUGCAGGACGUGGUCUUUUGAGAUUUGAAUCAGUUGGGACAUGGGCAACAGAAAGAUGAAGUUUUUUUUUUUUUUUUUUUUUUUUUGUUUUUUUGUUCUUGUUUUGUAAUUUGAACCUCUUUGUCCUUAGCAUGUGCACUUUUGGGAGUACUGUCUGGAGUUUUUUUUUUUUUUUUAAAUUCAUAUAGAUAGAAACAAUUCGGG